CCGGAAGUGAAGAGUGAGGCGGCGGCCGAGGUAGCUCGGGAGGUGCCAGAGUCGGAGUCGGUGCAGCAGGUGCCAUGGCCCGGGCGGAGGCGCGCUGAAGAGACGUGGAGCUGGGCAUGGCCGGCGCUCGGGCCGCCGCCGCCGCCUCAGCGGGGCCGUCAGCUUCUUCGAGCAGCCCGCCGCCGCAGGAGCCGGGACUCGGGGAGCUGCUGCAGGAGUUCUCCCGGACUCAGUACCGGGCCAAGGACGGCGGCGGGGCGAGCGGCUCGAAGGUUGAGCGCAUUGAGAAGAGAUGUCUGGAGCUGUUUGGCCGGGACUACUGUUUCAGCGUGAUUCCGAAUGUGAAUGGGGACAUCUGUGGCCACUACCCUCGGCACAUCGUGUUCCUGGAGUACGAGAGUUCUGAGAAGGAGAAGGACAUGUUUCAGAGCACCGUACAGGUGAGCAGGCUGCAGGACCUUAUCAACCGCAGCAAGAUGGCCAGGUGCAGAGGACGCUUUGUCUGCCCAGUGAUCCUAUUUAAAGGCAAGCAUAUUUGCAGGUCGGCCACCCUGGCUGGAUGGGGAGAGCUGUACGGACGCUCUGGCUACAACUACUUUUUCUCAGGGGGUGCAGAUGACACCUGGGCAGAUGUGGAAGACAUCACGGAGGAAGACUGCGCUCUUCGGAGUGGUGACACGCACCUUUUCGAUAAGGUCAGAGGCUAUGACAUCAGGCUGCUUCGGUACCUGUCGGUCAAGUACAUCUGUGACCUGAUGGUGGAGAAUAAGAAGGUGAAGUUUGGCGUGAAUGUAACUUCCUCUGAGAAGGUGGACAAAGCCCAGCGCUAUGCCGACUUCACUCUUCUCUCCAUCCCGUACCCAGGCUGUGAAUUUUUCAAGGAAUAUAAGGACCGGGAUUAUAUGGCAGAAGGGCUCAUAUUUAACUGGAAGCAGGACUAUGUCGAUGCUCCUUUGAGCAUCCCUGACUUCCUGACCCACUCUCUGCACAUUGACUGGAGCCAGUAUCAGAGUUGGGACCUGGUGCAACAAACACAGAACUACCUGAAACUGCUGCUUUCCAUAGUGAACAGCGAUGAUGACAGCGGGCUACUGGUGCACUGUAUCUCAGGCUGGGACCGGACCCCCCUCUUCAUCUCUCUGCUGCGCCUUUCCUUGUGGGCGGAUGGGCUCAUCCACACGUCCCUGAAGCCUGCUGAGAUCCUCUAUCUGACUGUGGCCUACGACUGGUUCCUCUUUGGGCACAUGUUGGUAGAUCGCCUCAGCAAAGGAGAGGAGAUUUUCUUCUUCUGCUUCAAUUUUUUGAAGCAUAUCACCUCCGAGGACUUUUCAGUGCUGAAGAACCAGAGGAGGAAGAGUUUGCCAGUGCGGGAUGCAGGCUUCUCUGUGGAAGAUAUCUGCAUGCUGAGGCGAAGAGACCGAGGCAGCACCACCAGCCUUGGCAGCGACUUCUCUCUGGUCAUGGAGAGCUCCCCGGGCGCUGUGGGGAGUUUCACCUAUGAGGCUGUGGAGCUGGUCCCCGGAGGAGCACAGGCUCAGGCAGCUUGGAGAAAGAGCCACUCAUCCUCGCCACAGAGUGUGCUCUGGAACCGGCCACAACCCUUGGAGGACCGCCUGCCUUCCUAUCAGGGGCUGAUUGAAGCCAAAUCGUCCAGCUCCUCAUCCUCAAACCAUUCUGACAACUUCUUCAGGAUGGGUAGCAGUCCCCUGGAGGUGCCCAAACCCAGAUCAGUGGACCAUCCCCUGCCCGGAUCCUCUCUCUCCACAGACUUUGGCAGCUGGCAGAUGGUAACGGGCUGUGGCAGUAUUCAGGAGCGAGCUGUCCUGCACACAGACUCCUCUCUCCCUUUCAGCUUCCCGGAUGAGCUCCCUAACAGUUGUCUGCUCAUGGCCCUGAGUGAUCGGGAAACGCGGCUGCAAGAGGUGCGCUCGGCCUUCCUGGCUGCAUACAGCAGCACAGUAGGGCUUCGGGCAGCAGCCCCCAGCCCUUCAGGGGCCAUCGGGGGCCUGCUGGAACAGUUCGUCCGAGGUGUGGGACUGCGGGGUACCAGUACCAGCACCCUGUGAGACCACCUCCACGAAGCCAUUUCCUGCUCCUCACUUAGCUGAGCCCAUAGUGGAAUCAAAGCCAUGCCUGGCCGUGGGGCACUUCGGGAUCGGGAGUCUCACCCCUCUCUCCGUCACGCACACAGCCCCAAAGCUGAGCAGGGCCAAGGACAGGGCUUUCCAACACCCAGCCUCCUGACUUGUGGCUGGGAGAUUACCCGUCACGUCUCAGAACUGCACGGUGGUCUCAUGAAGGAUCCCACCUUCCAGUUCUAGUUUCCUGGGAAAGGGAUCACCUGUACGGAAAAUGAGGCUGUUUGACACCAAUCACAGAAUAAAAUCAAUCUUUUUGAGCA